AUGAGCGAUGCGUCGAAUUCUUUGCUCACCGAGCAUCUCAGCUACACCCCUCUUUCCUUGAUCGACGACAUAAUCAACUCAAUCAACAAUCUCAUCUACCAAGCCAUAUCCAGCCUUGAAACGGGUCUUCUCAACACCCCGCCCGAACGCCUCGGAUUCAGCCAUGCUGCCAACGCGUCGACGAUACCAGACACGGAUGCAGAUGGGAACAUUGAGUAUCCUGAAGCGAGAGUGGAGAUAGAAAAUGGAUUGCACCAGCUGGAAACCCUGUUUGAAUCCUCGGUCGACAGGUCGUUUGACAAAUUCGAAAUUUAUGUCCUGAGAAACAUCCUGACGGUGCCUGAUGAUAUCGUCAACCACAUGAAGUUGGCGCAUUAUGAGAGUCUGUCCUUUUCUAAGAAGAACCCUGAUACCCCCACGCCGGAAUCCAUCAGCCUACAACGAAAGAAAUUACAAGAGACACGGAAACUUCAGCAAGCGCUUCGUCGUGAAUCCGCUCAAAACGAAGCUGUCAUCACCCAGUUACGCACUAUUCUUUCAACUGCACAAGAAGCAAAUACGAAACAGACCGACAACCAAAACACAACCGCUGCAAGCCAAGGACUCCCCAGUCUGGGCUUCCUUACCUCUGGCCCAGCUGCGGACAUUCUUCGCGUGGGUCAGAACCAGUCUCUCACUACAAACACAGAUUUCGUUCUAUCCCAGCUGCCAGCGUUACACACUAUGACCGAGAAACUACGGGAACAGUUACGUUCUUUGCCAAACACCGCUCCAGAAGGCCAGAAUAAGCGCGACGAGAGACAAGAUUACAUCGACAGUAGGAUUAGAAUUCACCUGGAACGAUCCGGACAACCCGCCUUUGGUGAUGGCAAUACGGUUAUUCCCGGAAGAAAAAUUGCCAGUGCCGAGGCCAAAGCCCUCGAGAGCUGCAAUGGUGCUUAUCCAUGUGACACUUGCUAUGGAUACGGCUAUCCCUGUGGCUAUCGUCAGCAACGACGUGUCCGAGAGACUUCCACGCAGAAGGACGUAUUAUCUACCGAUGUGCCUACGAAACAGGUGACGGCCUUGCACGGAGGGGAGAGCCUUCUUCGUGACAGUUCACUGCAGGCUCUGUCGACCCCAGAGGACUCUAUGCAAGGCAGCAGCAGUAAUGAAGACUUGUUCAUGGACCAGCCAGCAAGGUACAUCGGGAGGCACUCCCUAGAGGCCUUUCCGAGAUAUCUCGGGCUUCAGCUGCAAUCCGACUUGUUGCCUCAGAUGCAGCCUCUGGUGUGGAAUCUGCAGGUUAGAGACCAGCCGCAAUGCCGCGUGGGUGAUACGCUGUGUACUAUGGUCACGCUGGACAUGGCCAAGGGCUACAUCCGGGCAUUCUUUGCAGUGGACUUUCCUGCUUGUGGAUUCUUGGAUUUUGAUGCUCUGAUCGAUCGAACCGAGAAGCAUUUCACAGGUACCUCACAGGGCCUGCCGUUUGAGGCGCUUAUCGGGGGCAUCAUUGGCAUGUCGUCCAUCCUCACGUUGACGAGUAAUAUACAACCCGAGAUUCACAUUGUUCGACACGCCGAGAGCAUCUUGACAGAUCAAGCGAUUCUCAACAACCCGAGUAUCGAUUUUCUCGCAGCUCUAUUUUUCCGUUCGCUAUACCUCCGGGCAACGGCAACGCCGCAUACCACUUGGCUUGCCAGCUGCUCUGCCAUGCACACGGCCGAGUCACUGGGACUGCACAAGGAGAGCGGCUUCGACAACUAUCCCGGCAUGUGGAACUCUACAGCCUGCGGAAGCUUGUUCUGGAUGGCAUGUGCGGGAAACAGGUUGAUAUCCCAUGAACUGGGCCGCACGCCUGUAAUUCUUCAUGGCGUCACCAGGAAAUUCCCCUAUGCAAGUCAUGAUGAGAGCAAUGCCGCAAUUCUAACCUAUUUGGGCUGUUUUCUUCCCUUGACGGAUGGGACAGCUGGGUCUGAGAGCGACGUGGAGCAUCUCACGGAUCUGUUUGAGGCUGUCAAGGCCUACAAGACGAAAGAACAUCCAUAUCUGACCCUCUUCACGGCAGAUGUGUGUUUUUGCCUGCACCGACGGAUCCGAGUCAAUAACGAGGUUAACAUCAUCCAACGAGCACACUCGCAACAAAUUAUAUCCAUCGGUAAUGCCGCCGUACAGGCAGCCACCGUGCUCGCUGAAAAGGGCCAGGCAUGGUGGAACAUGCUCAGCACUCUAUUUCAGUUCUGCUGUGUUUUAAUUUCCAUGGACUCUGUCGACGCCCUGGGCGAUUUGCAUUAUACUAUCCAGACUAUUAAUUUGAUCAAGGAUCGAUACCCUAGUAGAACCAUCUCCGAGGCCUUUUCCGUGCUACAGCUUUUGAUUCGGGCUAUGAAGCAGAAGAAGGAAAAGGAAGUGUCGUAUUUGGAUAUUCUUGAGGACCUUGAGUCUCCUCCUCUUCCUCCCACGAAUGCAUCUUCGGUGGCAAUGCCACCAGCGGUUGAAGUGCCACAGAUGCUGCCGUCGGGAAAUGACACGGACUUUUCAUUUGAUUUUAGGGCUUGGUGCCCGGAAGAUCUAGACUGGGUUUUUGCAACUGCGCCGCCUGUACACUGA